AAGGCUGCAGCUCCGGAGAGGAGCCGCAGAUGCAGCGCUGACAGGCUGGUUCCCCGUGCUGUUCCCCGUCCUGUUCCCCGUCCUGCCAGAGAGUUCGUGCUUCUGGGCAAGAUGAAGAGGGACUACUCUCUGGAGCAGAACGGCACCCACCACGACUCCUUUCCCGAUGGCGUGGCUCCGUGGAGAACCGGGUCGGAGGUGUCGGGUCCGGACCCCGCGGGCCACCCUAGAGGGAAAUACCACCACAGCCUGCAGACCCUGAAGCCGUUCCGCCUGUCCUCCCCGGGGUCCCACCCGGUGGACAAUGCGGGCUUCGUGUCCUUCAGCACCUUCGCCUGGAUGACGCCCAUGAUGUGGUCCGUGUUCAGGAACAGGGAGGACAUGUCGUCCCAUGGCCUGUCUCCGCUGGACGUGGCCGACACCAGCGGGGAGAGGCUGCAGCGGCUCUGGGAGGACGAGCUGGCCAGGAAGGGAAGGGAGAAAGCCUCACUGCUCAACGCCAUCCUGCGCUUCCAGAGGACCCGGCUGAUCCUGUCCGUCAUCGUCGGAAUCCUCGGCAUGGCAAUGGCGUUCUUAAGUCCCGCCGUCAUGGUCUACGAGAUCCUGAGAUACAUCGAGCACCCGGAGGGCUCGACGCUGACGCACGGCGUGGGCCUGGCCUUCGCCCUCUUCUCCUCCGAGUUCUUCAAGGCCUUCUUCUUCUCCCUCCUGUGGGCCAUCAACCUGCGCACCGCCGUGCGGCUGAAGGGGGCGUUCGCCGCCGUCGGCUUCCAGAAGGUCAUCUCUCUGCGGGUGCAGAGCGCCGUCUCCAUGGGAGAGAUGAUAAAUCUCUUGACCAACGACGGCCACAAGUUGUUUGACGCUGUGUUGUUUCUGAGCUUCACGCUGUCCACGCCGGUGCUGUUCAUCGUGUGCAUCGUGUACGCCUGCCACAUCCUGGGCUACACGGCGCUGACCGGCGUCUGCACCUACCUCAUCUUCAUCCCCCUGCAGCUCUUCAUGGCCAAACUCAUCAAUAAGUUCAGAUGGAAAGCCAUCCUCAUAACAGACAACCGCGUUCGCACCAUGAACGAGAUUCUCAACAGCAUCAAGCUCAUCAAGAUGUACGCCUGGGAGGAAUCCUUCGAGCAGAAGAUCGCAGGUUUGAGGAAAAAGGAGAAGAAGCAGCUGCGGCAGGUGAGCUACGUCCAGAACAUCAACAUGAGCAUCACCAGCAUCGUCCCCAGCAUCGCCACGGUCCUCACCUUCCUGGUGCACACGCUGGUGGGGCUGCCGCUCAACACCUCCGACGCCUUCACCACCAUCGCCAUCUUCAACGCCAUGCGGUUCUGCCUGGCCCUGCUGCCGCUGGCCAUGAAGGCCCUGGCCGAGGCCGCCGUGUCCGUCAAGAGACUGAGGAACGUGCUGCUGCUGCAGAACCCGGAGUCGUACCUGGUGCAGAGCAAAGGCGGCGACUCCGCCAUCGUGAUGAAGAACGCCACGCUGUCCUGGACCAAAGCAGGCGCCGCCGCCGACCCUCCUCCUGACCCCCCAGCCGGCCCGGCCGGCCCGGGGAAAGAUCAGAAGACGGAUGAGAAGAGUAACAACCUCCCGGCCCUGAGAAACAUCUCCUUCACCCUGCCCAAGGGAAACCUUCUCGGCAUUUGUGGGAACGUUGGAAGUGGAAAGACGUCACUGAUUUCGUGCAUUCUGGAACAGAUGCAUCUUCUCGACGGCUCCGUCGCGGCCGACGGGACCUUCGCCUACGUUUCCCAGCAGGCCUGGAUCUUCCACGGAACCGUCCAGGAGAACAUCCUGAUGGGGGAACCUUUGGAUCAGGACAAAUACGAGCGGGUUCUGGACGUGUGCAGCCUCCGCGCUGACCUGGACAUCCUCCCGCACGGGGAUCAGACCGAGAUUGGGGAGCGGGGCCUGAACCUGUCGGGGGGUCAGAAACAGAGGAUCAGCCUGGCCAGAGCCGUCUACUCCAACAAGGACAUCUUCCUCCUGGACGACCCGCUGUCGGCCGUCGACGCCCACGUGGGGAAACACAUUUUUGAGGAAUGCAUCAAGAAGGAGCUCCGAGGAAAGUCCAUCAUACUGGUUACGCACCAGCUCCAGUAUCUGGAGUUCUGCGACGACAUCCUGGUGCUGGAGGACGGCGAGGUCCGUGAGGCUGGAAGUCACCCGGCGCUCAUGAAGGCUAACCGGCGCUACGCUCAGCUCAUCAGCAACUACCAGAUGGAGCAGUCCAAAACCCAGAAGGAGGAAGACGACCCCCCAGACCCCGACCAGCUGAAGGAGGCCGGGCUCCGACAGCGUGCAGACAGCGGGAUCGUGAACCCCGCAUUUGACAUGGAGGGAGAAAUAGAUGAUGGAACAACCGAUGACAAGAAGUCCCCUGUGAAGACGGUUGAUCAGCUGGUCAGUCAAGAAUCGUCCACCGAGGGAUCCGUCUCCUGGAGAGUUUAUCACCGGUACUGCCAAGCAGCUGGAGGUUACAUCAUGACCUUCCUCACCAUCUUCAUCAUGGUUCUGAUGAUCGGAUCCACGGCCUUCAGCAGCUGGUGGUUGAGCUACUGGCUGGGGGAGGGAAACGGGACGUCCAUCAUUAACAACGCGACAGCCCAACCCGCCUCCAACCAGGGCGACGUGUCCCAGAACCCGCAGCUGCAUUUCUACCAGAUGGUUUACGGGGUGACGGUGAUCGUGAUGGUGCUGCUCGCCGUCAUCAAGUGCUUCUUCUACACCUUCGUCACCCUGAAAGCCUCCUGUAAACUCCACGACACCAUGUUCAAGAAGAUCAUGGCCAGCCCGAUGAGCUUCUUCGACACGACGCCGGCGGGACGGAUCCUCAACCGCUUCUCCAAAGACCAGGAGGAGGUGGACACGGUGCUUCCUCUGAACAUGGACCCGUUCCUGCAGUUCUGUUUCAUCGUCACCUUCACCAUCCUCAUCAUCGCCUCCAUCUUCCCCUUCCUGCUCGUCGCCGUGGUUGUUAUGGGAGCUUUGUUCACGCUCGUCCUCUUCAUUUUCCAGAGAAGUAUCCGUCACAUGAAGAAGAUGGAGAACAUCAGUCGCUCCCCGUGCAUCUCCCUCACGACCUCCACCCUGCAGGGCCUCAGCACCAUCCACGCCUACAACACCCGGGACAGCCACAUCAAACUGUUCAAGUCCCUGAACGACGUCAACUCCAACCACUACUUGUUGUUCCACUCCGGCACGCGCUGGCUGUCCUUCUGGCUGGACUUCAUGGCGAGCACCAUGACGUUGUUGGUGGCGUUGUUCGUGGUGCUGAGCAGCAACGACGUCAUCAGUCCGUCCCUGAAGGGCCUGGCCGUCUCCUACACCAUCCAGUUGACAGGAAUCCUGCAGUACGUGGUGAGACAGUCCACGGAGGUGGAGGCCCGGUUCAAUUCAGUGGAGCGACUGCUGGAAUACAUCACGGACUGCGUAUCUGAGGCUCCCAGGCACGUAAAGGAGGCUCAGAUCCCAGACGACUGGCCCAAGGACGGAGCCAUCACCUUCCAGGGCUAUAAGAUGAGAUACAGACAGAACACGCCGAUCGUCCUGAACGGGCUCGACUUCUUAAUCCGACCUGGUGAAAAACUCGGCAUCGUGGGAAGGACUGGCUCUGGUAAAUCCUCUCUAGGCGUGGCUCUGUUCAGACUGGUGGAACCAGCAGGAGGAACCAUCCUCAUCGAUGGUCUGGACGUCAUGGCUAUCGGCCUGAAGGACCUGAGGAGCAAACUGUCCAUCAUCCCCCAGGACCCCGUGCUCUUCAUCGGGACCGUCAGGUACAACCUGGACCCCUUUAACAACUACACCGACGACGACAUCUGGGCAGCUCUGGACAAGACCUACAUGAAAGACUCGAUCUCCAGGAUAGAGGGAAAGCUGCAGGCAGCAGUGUUGGAGAACGGAGAGAACUUCUCUGUGGGCCAGAGACAACUGUUGUGCAUGGCCCGAGCUCUGCUCCGCAACUCCAAGAUAAUUCUCCUGGACGAAGCCACAGCCUCCAUCGACGCCGAGACGGACACCCUGAUCCAACACACCAUCAAAGAAGCUUUCCACGACUGCACCAUGCUCACCAUCGCUCAUCGUAUCAACACCGUGAUGCACGCCGACCGCAUCCUGGUGAUGGACCAGGGAGAGGCGGCAGAGCUGGACCCUCCAGAAGUUCUGACCCAGAGACCCGACUCCAUGUUCUCCUCACUCCUCACAGCAGCCAACACGGUGAAGACAUGAACCGCUGGAACCCCGUCAGUGAAAACAUGAACCACAUCAGUGAAAACAUGAACCACGUCAGUGAAAACAUGAACCCCGUCAGUGAAAACAUGAACCGCUGGAACCUCAUUGCACAAACCCAGAACCUUUAUGCAGUAAUCUGUAAAAGCACAACAGUUACUUAUGGAUACAAACAUAUUUGAAUCCACAGAACAAUAUUUUACCUGCACUGAUUGAUUUGUUAUAGGUGCAAUCGAGCACCACGAUUUUCUAUCAGUACAGGAAAACCAGCAUUUCCUUUUUUUUAAAUUUCAAAAUGUGUAAAUAAAGGUGUAUUUUUAUUAAAUUUAUUAUUUAAUGUCUGCAGUCUGCUGUCAACAAUACAUGGACCGUGUUUUUAUAGUGGAUGGAUCCGUUGUGAUGUGAGCUAUGUAUAUUUAAAAUGUUUUAUUUAUUUUUUAGGUCUUUUUUUGCUUCCACUUUUCAGAUAUACUGUAUACAUAUAAAGUUGAAAGAUUAUACAUGACAUAUCCAAUAGUUUUGUUGUUGUUGUUUUGUUAAAUAACUGUUGGAUUAUAUCCAAAAAGAACAAAAAAACUUUAUGGAAACAGUAGAUUAUUUACUGACUGGAAAAUGUUGCUGCUGAUGAAAAAUGCUAAUUAAUAAGGAAAUGUGUACAUUUCAGGGUUUAUUGGAAUCUUA